GCGCCAGGCUGCAGAAAAUCCAUCGAGCAGAGGUUUGUGCUUUUAAACGGAAUAAUAUGCGCUUAAGGUGUGCGAAACGAUAAGAAACCGGUGACAGAUGGAUUCGCGUUUUACAAAAGUAUUCCAGCGACAUUGUUAUGCUCGAUUAUUAGAUCUAAUAGAUUACUGUCGGAAAUAAAUUGCAAUGCUUUAUUGUGAAGUAUAUCGUUAGGUAAAUAUUAGAACAUAUAUGCUGAAAUGCGUGAGCGAUUGAUAUAUCUCGCCUUUUGUUUUCUUUCUUCGUGACGAAGACAAAGAAAAUCUGCUUCUAAUAACCUACUAUUAUCUGCAUACUACUGUGAAGAUGGAGUUUGUUGAAGAGGAGAGUGAUGCAGAAACAUGCGGAGAGAAAGAGGAACAGAGAGACCUGACGGAAGAGGAAGAAGAAAGUCAAGAACAGAAUGAGGUGAAGGAGAAGCAGCAGAAUCAGGAAUCUCAUGAUUUAGUAAGCGGGGAAAAGUCUUCUAGUUCCUCAGACACUGAAAAGAACGUUUCACAAAAAAGAGCGGACGCUAAAGGCUCGUUCUCCUGCUCUCAGUGUGGAAAGAGGUUCACUCGUAAGGGACACCUGGAGGUUCACAUGGUGAUCCACACCGGAGAGAGACCAUACACCUGUCCUCAGUGCGCCAAGAGCUUCACCUGCAAAGGAAGCCUUAAGGAUCACUUCAAGAUCCACACCGGAGAGAGACCUUUCACCUGUCCUCAGUGCGGAAAGAGCUUCACAAACUCAGGAGGAUUGAAGAGGCAUGUUCGGAUUCACACCGGAGAGAGGCCUUUCACGUGCCGUCAGUGUGCAAAGAGCUUCCCGAGCUCAGGAGAGCUGAAAAGACACAUACGGAUUCACUCGCGAGAAAGACCGUACACCUGCCCUCAGUGCGGAAAGAGCUACAAACAGAAGGAGGUUCUGAGGGAACACGCCAAAAUCCACUCCGGAGAGAAGCCUUUCACGUGCAUGCUGUGCGGGAAGAGCUUCACACAACAGAGCACGCUCAAAGUUCACAUGAAGGUCCACUCAGGAGAGAAGUUACACCAGUGUCCUGAAUGCGGCAGGAGGUUUUCAGAGGCCUGCAAUCUCAAAACUCACCUGCUCUCUCACACCGGAGAAAGACCCUUUCACUGUCAGCGCUGCGACAAGAAGUUUUUCUUGGCCGUUCACCUCAAAACACACAUGAGGAUUCACGAAGACGAGCGGCGAUACGUGUGUUCAUUCUGCGGGAAGAGCUUCCUGUGGCUCAACGGGUUUAAAGACCAUCAGAAAAUACAUACCGGUGAGAAACCCUACGUGUGUCUGGACUGUGGAAGUACUUUCACUAGAGCCGGUGAACUGAAAGUGCAUGAACGGAUCCACACUGGAGAAAAACCCUACAAGUGUUCUCACUGUGAGAAGAGCUUCACAGUUUCAGGAGCCCUUAAAGUGCACGAGAGAGUUCACACCGGAGAGAAACCGUACCUCUGUCCUUCAUGCGGGAAGACUUUCAGCCGAUACGGAAAUCUAGGGAAGCAUUUAAAAAAGGCUUGUCCAAAGCUGAGACAGUGAGGAGGUUCACCUCCAGGUGUAGGCUUGUCCGUGUGAAGUGAACGCAGACGGGAGAGUUUGAACAUAUAGCAUAUGUUAGCUAUGACUUGCCAAUCAACUAACAUGAUCAUUAUAAAAGUAUAUAUAUAUAUAUAUAUAUAUAUAUAUAUAUAUAUAUAUAUAUAUAUAUAUAUAUAUAUAUAAACAUAAUACAUUUACAUGCACAAACAUGAGAAUCAUAAUAUCAACUAUUUUACAAUCUAUGAAUAGUUCACCCCGAAAUGAAAAUGUCAGAAUGAGAGUCCAAACAGCUGAUAAAAACAUCACAAUAAUCCACAAGUAAUCCAC